UUUAAAGCAGCAGAGAUGUGGGGCUUUGAGUUCUGGGCUGUAGCCAUAUUGCAGCUGGUCAGCGAGAAGGUCGGUGGAGCUGAAGGGACCAAGCUUGAUGAUGACUUCAAAGAAAUGGAAAAGAAAGUGGACGUUACCAGCAAGGCGGUCGCAGAAGUAUUAACCAGAACUACAGAAUACCUGCAACCCAACCCAGCUUCCAGAGCCAAGCUAACGAUGCUCAACACCAUGUCGAAGAUCCGAGGGCAGGUGAAAAACCCCGGCUAUCCACAGUCGGAAGGGCUCCUGGGGGAGAGCAUGAUCCGGUAUGGAAAGGAGCUGGGUGACGAAUCCAAUUUCGGUGACGCACUUCUUGAUGCUGGUGAAGCUAUGAAACGAUUGGCUGAAGUGAAAGACUCGCUGGAUAUUGAAGUCAAACAGAACUUUAUCGAUCCUCUCCAGAACCUGUGUGACAAAGACCUGAAAGAGAUCCAGCAUCAUCUUAAGAAGCUGGAGGGCAGGCGUCUGGACUUUGACUACAAGAAAAAACGUCAGGGGAAGAUCCCAGAUGAGGAGCUCCGCCAGGCCCUGGAGAAAUUUGAAGAGUCCAAGGAAAUAGCUGAGACUAGUAUGCACAACCUUUUGGAGACUGACAUUGAGCAAGUGAGCCAACUCUCAGCCCUGGUGGAUGCCCAGGUAGAUUACCACAGACAAGCUGUGCAGAUCCUGGAUGAGCUCGCGGAGAAACUCAAACGCAGAAUGAAGGAGGCCUCUUCACGCCCCAAGCGGGAGUACAAACCUAAACCCAGAGAGACGUACGAUUUUGGAGACACCGACCAAUCCAAUGGAGGCUUUUCUUGCAACCCCACCCCCAAAGUCUCAGCAGCUUCCUCCUCUUUUCGAUCCGACAAGCCAUCCCGGACCCCCAGCAGGAGUAUUUCUCACCUAGACCAGCCCUGCUGCAAGGCGCUCUAUGACUUUGAACCUGAAAACGACGGCGAGCUGGGCUUUAGGGAGGGUGACAUCAUCACAUUGACCAAUCAGAUUGACGAAAACUGGUACGAGGGCAUGAUCAACGGCCAGUCCGGGUUCUUCCCGCUCAACUAUGUGGAAGUGCUGGUCCCGCUACCUCAGUGAAACUGCAUCUCCCCCACCCCCCGGCCCUUCCCCUUCCUCCUCCCCCACCAGAUACAAACUCACGGCCGGGCGAGCCCUGCUCUUCUCCUGCAUUCCAUUUUGUAACUCAACACUAGGCUUCUUCUGCGGGGCGGGGCUGUGAGAACGGAAUGGUGUUCGCUCUGCACGGGCGCUGGAUCGGUGUACGGGUGGCAGCAGGGAACAAGCCCCAAGGGCUGGGCAGCCCCAUUCAAGUUCUUCAUUCUGGGCCUCGAACUAGGUACUUUCAACCCCACCAGGCUCCUUCCACUUUGUACAAUAAGCCAAAUUGAGCAUCUC